GUCGUCGGUUAGUUAAGACGUGUAGUGUGGAACGUCGUCGUCAUUCGGUUUCUAUUUCAGUUCGGUAUAGCGACACCCUUGUUUCAGCCCUUUCCCCCGAAAGCAAAAAGGACACAUUUUCGUUGACUGGGCAUUACGAAGUUGAUUCGCUGUAGUAAAAGUUACUUACUGUUUCUAAAUUUCCCACCUCUCCACUGAACGCUAAAUCUGUGACGUUUUGUGCAGAAUCUGCCAAAACACGGAGUGUUUGUUUAUCAAAAUUUGUGGUGAAGAAAACGAGCACACAGUUUUUGAUGUGGUUCUUUUAUUGCUAAAUUAGUGAAGAUCAUAAGUGAGCUGCGAGGCGAGAGUUCAAAAUUGUUGUGUGACACAAAUACCGGGUGCGAAUCCAAUUUGCCGGGUUCUCUGGGUGGUGCCAAAAGGGAAAAAGCAGUGUUCAGCAAAUUGUCUACGUCUCAACGCAGGAGGCGAGGCUGUGGAUUGUUGUGCUCUUGUCAGUCAAUUUAAGGCGGUUUGCUACGACCGGAGAAAAGAAAAACAACGCACCGAAAUCGGCCCUAAGAGCGUAAAUAAAAGGCCACCGGUACGGGGUGCAUGUGAUUCAGAGAAAUUGAUAAUAAUUUGUUGCGAAUUAAAGUAACAGCAGAAGAGCUUUGGGUGUUGACGCGGUGCUCCAUCGAGCGGAAGGAAGAAAGAAAAGGAGCGGCAGAGUAGCAGCGAAAAGAUAACAAAAAUGGCUUCCAUUCGAAGCGGGUUCACCAAGAGUCUGUCAGCCGAAGAACGGGCCGAGAUGAGGGAAACGUUUGAAGAAAUUGACACCAACAAAGACGGCUUCAUCGAGCUGAAAGAGCUAAAAGAUGCCCUAGACCAGGUCGGUUUCAAGCUGCCCGGUUACCAGGUCCGCCUGAUGAUCGACGAGUACAGCAACAAGCAACGGUCGCAGAACAUGGGCAAACUGUCGUACGACGAAUUCGAAACCCUGUGCCUGGACCUGAAGGCGAAGGACGUCGCCAGCACAUUCAAAACGGUUGUUUCGAAAAAAGAGAACCUGGAAACGCUGGGUGGCAUGUCGGAUUCAUCUGCCGCCGGAACGACGCACUCGGUUCGGAUCGAGGAACAGUUGGCCUUCAGCGAUUGGAUCAACUCCAAUCUGAGCUACGAUCACGACCUCAAGCACCUGCUACCGCUGGAUCCGGAAGGAAAGCAGCUGUACGAUAAAAUCAAGGACGGUAUCUUGCUGUGCAAGAUCAUCAACCAUUCGUGCCCGGACACCAUCGACGAGCGAGCGAUCAACAAAAAGAACCUCACGGUGUACACAAAAUUCGAGAACCUUACGCUGGCUUUGGUAUCGUCACAAGCCAUUGGAUGUAAUAUUGUUAAUAUUGACGCCCACGAUUUGGCUAAAGGCAAGCCUCAUUUGGUGCUCGGGUUACUCUGGCAGAUCAUCCGCAUCGGUCUGUUUAGCCACAUCACUCUCGACAGCUGUCCGGGACUUGCGACCCUGCUGUCCGAUGGCGAACGUUUGGAAGAUCUUAUGAAACUUUCACCCGAGGCAAUUCUCCUGCGAUGGGUUAAUCACCAUCUCGAGCGUGCUGGAAUUGCACGUCGUUGUACCAACUUCCAGAGUGACAUUUCCGAUUCGGAAGUGUACACCUAUCUGCUGAAUCAGAUUGCCCCCAAGGAUGCGGGCGUCACAAUCGAGGCGCUCAGGGAACCAAACGCUAUCAAUCGGGCGGAAGUGAUGCUGCAGCAGGCCGCCAAACUGAACUGCCGCUCAUUCGUGACUCCACAGGACGUCGUUAACGGGGUGUACAAGCUGAAUUUGGCCUUCGUUGCCAAUCUGUUCAACAACCAUCCCGGGCUGGACCAGCCCGAAGAAAUCGAGGGCCUCGAAUCGAUCGAGGAAACGCGUGAAGAAAAGACCUAUCGCAACUGGAUGAACUCGAUGGGUGUGAAACCGCACGUCAACUGGCUGUACUCGGAUUUGGCGGACGGUAUCAUCAUCUUCCAGCUGUUCGACAUCAUCCAGCCGGGCAUCGUGAACUGGAAGAAGGUACAUCAAAAGUUUACACCGCUGCGUAAGUUCAUGGAGAAGCUGGAAAAUUGCAACUACGCGGUCGAGCUGGGCAAGCAGCUCAAGUUUUCUCUAGUCGGCAUCGCCGGUCAGGAUCUGAGCGAUGGCAAUGCUACACUCACACUCGCACUCAUCUGGCAGUUGAUGCGUGCAUACACGCUGUCAGUUUUAUCGCGGUUGGCUAACACCGGCAAUCCGAUUAUCGAGCGGGAAAUCGUACAGUGGGUAAACUCGAAGCUACAGAACGCCGGCAAGAGUACCAGCUUAAGGAAUUUCCAGGACUCGAGCAUUGCCGACGGCAAGGUCGUGAUCGAUUUGAUCGAUGUCAUCAAGCCGGGCAGCAUUAACUACGACAACGUGAAGGAUGGUGGCAACCCCGAGGAAAACCUCGAAAACGCCAAGUACGCCGUUUCGAUGGCCCGCAAGAUCGGUGCCCGCGUGUACGCUCUGCCGGAGGACAUCGCCGAGGUGAAACCGAAGAUGAUAAUGACCGUGUUUGCCUGCCUGAUGGCGAUGGAUUACGUGCCGAACAUGGACAGUGUGAAAAACAACGGCACCACUGCCACUCCCGUCGUCGUGGUCGCUGCCACCGCGGAACCUGCCGUCAAGGUGUCCCCCAGCAAGGUGGAACUGGUGGAGCAUGUGCCCGUUGUCACCAACGGCGGAAGCUCGGCGGCGGCAAGCAACGGAAACGGCACAAUCGAAGUGGACGAAUUCGCCGAUUGAAGCACCUAUCGGAAUUAGUCAGAAUGAGCUGAUGCUGAAAAACACAGCAAUGUAGUUAGGCAGAGAUAGUAACGUUUUCUUUAUUUUUUCGAACGGGAUUUUUUUUGUCUUUUCUACUGUGACAUGUACUUUACUUCUCCCGUUGAUUUUCUUAUGAAGAAAGCUGAGACGGCAAAUUAGAGAGCAAAGGAAAGCUGCAAGCAAUACAAGCUUUCCUUGAAAAACAUACGGUAAUCUUUUCUUGUCCUGUGUACAUUUAGAGUGUAUCAUAUUGCGAUGUUUAUUUAGAGUUAUUUUAUCUAGUUUGUUAGGCAUUUACAAAAAAAAAUAUAACAAAUGAUUUUCUACCGUCUUGUUGACGGACAGAUAGAACCAUGCUAAUGUAUUAUCUGAUAAGAGUUUAUUAUUUUUUCAGGCGUAAAAUUGUUAUUUUUGUUUCUUUCUAUCUCCAUUAAAUUUUGUUGUUUCGAUAAGGCUUCUAUCGUAUAAAUUAUUAGGCAAAACCGUGCCAAAAUUGAACCAGGUUUGAGUGGCUCCAAGCAGGGAGGAAAUCUAAAUUUACGACAGUCGACGUGAGUGUGGAUGCUUUUUUAUGUGUUGAAUGUUUGCGUUAGGGUGCCCAGCUUUUGUACACUUGUUAUGAUUACCAGCAUUAAAGUUAGACUAUCAUAAAGAAAAAUAUCUCAAAGUUGUUCGACUGUAUUGGAAGUCCAGUAAUCGAAGUAAUGGGAGACACUCCUUAUCAUUUGUUUAUCGCACCUAAGUUGCGCAUGUGACGGCUUGAUAGUAUUUUACGAUGUCCAUAGCGGCGGAAUGCUGCAAUCUACACUCCUAAUGAGUUAGCAAAAAAAAAAGGUUUUCAAUGUAUAAAAAAUCAUGUGUUUUGUUUGUAAUUGAACACAGCAUCAUAUGCCACAUAUUUAACCAAUUCUAAACUAUGUAACAAGUAGAUAUGCCAACAGGAAUUUACUAUAGAGAGUUAAGCAUACAACAACCAUAGCGCAGUGGAAAUGAACAAACAAUAGCAUUUUGAACGAUAUUUAAUUUUAUACAGCCGUUUGGCCUACACCAAUAAUGGAAGCCCUCUUCACUGGCUAUUUGAGUAUCGAAACAAAACAAACAAAGCUCAUCGUAGAGGUAGGCCUGCAUUUUUUAGACUAACUAAACUACCACACCAACUAUUGUGUGCUUCUUGGAUGGGCACACGCCUUGUAGGAAUCACACCAAACACCACCAAGCAUAAGCCAACGUAAAACAUAAACCGGUUCGUAAUUAAAUAAAAAAACAAAAAUAUUCUAAUAACUACUAAUUAGUUUUGGACAUAAUCGUAACUACUGGUACUAAUAUCGGCAAGGCGUUAUACCAAUGCAUACGAACGAGAAU